AUGUCUGGAUCGUCUGAACCACCCAAGUACACCAAAACGCCCCUUCACGUCAUCCAAGAACGGAUUGCAAAGCUAAAGCAGAACUCGGACAUCUUUGACGUUCAAGUCUCUACUCCACUUCAAAUUCGUGAGCUUGAAAUAGAUAGUGAAGGGAAUCAAGUAGAAGGAGGAUCAGCAGCUUCAAACACUUCAUCUGAUCAAUCACCACCACAUACCCCACAUCCACCACAUCAAGAACCACCCAACGCCCCAUUACCUUUACUUUUACCACCACCACCACCAAUGGCUCUCACCAUAAGGCAACUCUCUACAUCCGUCAUCCCACCUGGGGGAGUGCCAACCUGCAUAACCUACCCUGCUGCAGCUGAGGGAUUAACAGCUGAUUUUGAGUUGAAGUCUGGGUUGCUUCAUCGUCUUCCUACAUUCCAUGGACUCCCUAUGGAAGAUCCCAACAACCACUUGAUGGAAUUUCAGUUCAUAUGCACUAGCAUGAAGCCUCAAGGAGCUGAUGAGCAUAUUCUGAAGUUGAAGGCCUUCCCAUUUUCGUUGGCUGACAAGGCAAAACAGUGGCUCUACGAGUUGCCUAGUGGACGAAUUACAUCUUGGGGAGACAUGAUGAAGGCGUUUCUUGAGAAGUACUUUCCUACAUCUCGCAUCAUCAUGUUAAGGAAGAAGAUAAGUGGCAUCCAACAAGGGCAAGAUGAGUCCUACGCUGAAUACUAUGAGAGGUUCAAGUCUCUUAUCACUCAAUGCCCUCAACAUGGCAUGAAGGAUGAGACCUUGCUCACUUGCUUUUAUGAUGGUCUCACACCUUUGGAAAGAGACAUGUUAGAUGCUGCUUCUGGUGGAUCUUUUGUUGACAAGGAGCCUGCGGCUGGAAUGAUCCUUAUUGAGAAUAGGGCCUUGAAUCAACAACAAUAUGGGAACUCUAGGUCCAAGACCACCACCACACGUGAAAGGGUCCAUGAGGUAAGUACUUUAGCCCAAUUGGAAGAGAAAAUUAACAAACUUACUACUCUUGUGUCUCAGGGAGCACAAGGACAAGUCAUGGUGUGUGGAGUAUGUUCUAUGCAAGGGCAUGUGUCUGACCAAUGCCCUCAACUCAUGGAAAGUGGAGGACAAGAAGGUGUCAACGCCAUAGGUUUCCAACAAGGGUUCCAACGUCCUAGGAAUGAUCCAUUCUCGAAUACUUACAAUCCUGGAUGGAGGGACCACCCUAACUUUCGUUGGAAGGACAAUGACAACGUUCAAAAUGCACCUCAAGGCUUCCAACAACGUCCUCAGGGCUUUUAUCAAAAGCCCCAACCUCCUAACCCUACUCCUUUUAAUUCGAAUUUUAAUUCAAAUGCUUCUUCUUCUUCUAAUGAUGAAUUGAUUCGAACCCUAACUAAAUCUACUCAAGCUUUAAUUGCAGGUCAAACUCAUCAUGGGAAUCAGAUCAAUGCCAUAUCCACGGAUGUGAAUGAGAUGAAGAAGCAAAUGAGUCAAGUUGUGGAGUUUAUGGGUAAGUUUCAUGAGCAAGGAAAGCUACCAAGUGGUACCAUCCCAAAUCCUCACUUUGAGCAAGCCAAAGUCGUCACUACAAGGAGUGGUAAGACCCUUGUAGACCUCCCUAAGCCUCCCAAGAAGAUCUCAACGUCAAUAUUAGAGGAGGAAGAGGACCCUGCAACGUCUAAGGCUCAUGUGACAUCUCCACCUUCCAAUGCAAAACCGAAUACUCAAGGACAUGUUUCUAACUCUUUCAAUUCAGUUAUUGCUAAUCCAUCUUCUUCUCCUUUGCCUUUCCCAAGCAGAUAUGCUAAGUCCAAGAAGGAUGAGGCCGAAAAGGCCAUCUUGGAAACUUUUAAGAAGGUGCAAAUCAACAUCCCUCUCCUUGAGGCCAUCAAGCAAAUUCCUAAGUAUGCCAAAUUCUUGAAGGAACUUUGUACCACAAGGAGACAAAACCGUGAGAAAGAAGUGGUGAAGGUAAGUGAGAAUGUCUCAGCUGUGCUUCAACGCAGAAUGCCAGAAAAGUGUAAGGAUCCAGGGAGUUUUUCUGUCCCUUGUGUCAUUGGAACUACUAGAUUCGAAAAUGCCAUGCUAGACUUAGGUGCUUCUAUAAAUGUUAUGCCAUAUUCUGUUUAUGCAUCUCUAGGUCUAGGUGAACUUAAACAUGAUAAUGUUAUUAUUCAAUUGGCAGAUCGAUCUAAUGCAUACCCUAAGGGGUUAGUUGAAGAUGUACUUGUGCAGGUUGGUGAGCUAAUCUUUCCAGCUGAUUUCUAUGUCCUAGAGAUGGAGGAGGAGCCUUCUCCCAAGUCAACGCCACUUUUGCUAGGUCGUCCCUUCAUGAGGACGGCUAGAACUAAAAUUGAUGUGUACUCUGGCACCUUGACAAUGGAAUUUGAUGGAGAAGUUGUUGGCUUCAACAUCUUUGAAGCAAUGAGGUAUCCCUUAAGUGAUUUUCAUUCAUGUUUUUCUAUUGAUAUCCUUGAUGAACUUGCGCAGAAAUUCAUGGAAAUUAUGGAGGAUGAUACCAUGGCUUCAACCAUUGCAAGUGGAGUUGGUAUUCUUGAGAAUGGCGCCAUCACACCUAAGGAGGAGCUCACGGAUUCUUAUGAAUCCAUCCACAUAGAAAACGUUGCUUCUCUUGAAGCAACGUCCUAUGUAGGUAAGUCAAGUCCUUCGUUUUCACUUCCUAUCUCUACUAAUAAACCUCUACCUUCAGUGAUUCAGGCACCCACCUUAGAAUUAAAGCCAUUGCCAAAUCAUUUGAAGUAUGUUUACUUGGGAGAUAAAGAGACGUUACCUGUGAUCAUAUCUUCAUCAUUAACGUCUACUCAAGAGGAUAGACUUGUGGAGAUGCUUAAGAAACACAAGACUGCAAUUGGUUGGACUUUAGCAGACAUCAGGGGCAUUAGCCCUACCACUUGUGUGCAUCGGAUUUUGCUUGAGGAGGGAGCCAAGCCAACUAGGGAGGCUCAAAGACGUUUGAACCCACCCAUGAUGGAAGUUGUGAAGAAGGAAGUCAUCAAGCUCCUUGAUUGUGGCGUCAUAUACCCUAUCUCAGACUCCAAAUGGGUUUCACCAGUUCAAGUUGUGCCAAAGAAGUCUGGGAUAACAGUUGUGAAAAAUGCAGAGAAUGAGUUGGUACCUCAGAGAACUGUGACUGGACAUCGAGUUUGCAUAGACUACAGGAAGCUCAACGCCACUACUAGAAAGGAUCACUUCCCUUUGCCAUUCAUUGAUCAAAUGCUUGAGAGGUUAGCUGGCCAUGAGUUCUAUUGCUUCUUGGAUGGGUAUUCUGGUUACAACCAAAUCGCCAUUGCUAAUGAGGAUCAAGAGAAAACGACCUUCACUUGUCCUUUUGGAACGUUUGCCUACAGAAGAAUGCCAUUCGGACUCUGCAAUGCUCCAGGUACGUUUCAAAGGUGCAUGGUAAGUAUAUUUUCUGAUUUUAUUGAGAAAAUUAUUGAAGUUUUUAUGGAUGACUUUUCUGUCUUUGGUAAAGAUUUCGAAAAUUGCUUAAGUAACUUAGAAUUGAUACUUGAACGUUUAGAUAAAGCUAAAGUAGAUCUUGUUAGAUACUUACCCAACCCCACAAGUGUGAGGGAGGUCCGUUCUUUUCUUGGACAUGCAGGUUUCUACAGGCGCUUUAUCAAGGAUUUUUCCAAGAUUUCUAGGCCCUUAUGUCGUUUGCUUCAAAAGGAGGUGGCGUUUGAGUUCGAUGAGGAUUGCAAGAAGGCAUUCAACACUUUGAAGGAGCUUCUAACGUCUGCACCAAUUAUGCUUCCCCCAGAUUGGUCUCUUCCCUUUGAGAUCAUGUGUGACGCCUCUGAUUAUGCCAUUGGGGCCGUGCUUGGCCAAAGAAAGGACAAGAAGCCUUAUGCCAUCUACUAUGCGUCAAGGACCCUUAAUGAUGCUCAACUCAAUUACUCUACAACUGAAAAAGAACUUUUAGCUGUUGUUUUUGCCUUAGAAAAAUUUCGAUCUUAUUUAUUGGGUACUAAAGUUAUUAUUUAUUCUGAUCAUGCAGCUUUAAGGUACCUAAUGUCAAAGAAGGAGGCAAAACCAAGGCUAAUUCGUUGGAUACUCUUGCUCCAAGAGUUUGAUGUGGAGAUCAAGGAUAAGAAGGGCUCUGACAACGUUGUAGCUGACCACUUGAGCAGACUUGUGAGUGAGGAGGACGCCAUACCCUUAGUGGAGAUGUUUCCGGAUGAACAACUCUUCGGAAUCCAGGUAAGUGAGCCUUGGUAUGCAGAUAUUGUUAAUUAUUUGGUGUCUCAAACGUUCCCUAAUAACAUGACAAGUGCUCAACGUGAUAGGCUUAAGUUUUUAGCUAGACAAUAUGUUUGGGAUGAUCCUUACUUGUGGAAAUAUUGUUCAGAUAAAUUGAUAAGGAGAUGUGUGCCUAAUAAUGAGACAUGUGAUAGAUGCCAAAGAACCGGUAAUUUAGGCCCUAAAGAUCAAAUGCCUUUAAAACCAGUGAUAAUUGUCGAAAUUUUUGAUGUGUGGGGUAUUGAUUUUAUGGGUCCUUUUCCUUCAUCUAAUGGUUUUCUUUAUAUUCUCUUGGCUGUUGAUUAUGUUUCUAAGUGGGUGGAAGCGAAAGCCACCAGGACUAAUGAUUCUAAAGUUGUUGCAGAGUUUAUAAAGUCUAACAUUUUUAGUAGGUUUGGCAUGCCUAGAGCAAUCAUUAGUGACGGAGGUUCUCACUUUUGCAACAAAACCAUUGAAGCUUUGCUUAGGAAGUAUCAUGUGACACAUAAGGUUUCAACGCCUUAUCAUCCUCAAACAAGUGGACAAGCAGAAGUUUCGAAUAGGGAGAUCAAGAGGAUACUUGAGAAAACCGUGGGACCUUCAAGGAAGGAUUGGAGCCAACGUUUGGAGGAUGCAUUGUGGGCAUAUAGGACAGCUUUUAAAACGCCAAUAGGGAUGUCACCAUUUCGGUUGGUGUAUGGGAAAGCUUGUCACUUACCCGUGGAGUUGGAGCAUAGAGCUUGGUGGGCCGUUAGGACGUUCAAUAUGGACUUGGAUGAAGCUGGACUUCAUAGGAAGUUGCAACUCAAUGAACUUGAGGAAAUUCGAAAUGAUGCCUAUGAUAGUGCACGGAUUUACAAGGAAAAGACAAAGGCUUUUCAUGAUAAGAUGAUUCGUGGAAAGACCUUUUACUACUGCUUCUUGGAUGGCUAUUCAGGAUACAAUCAGAUUGCCAUAGCCAAUGAGGACCAAGAGAAGACAACGUUCACCUGCCCUUUUGGGACAUUUGCCUAUCGUCGCAUGCCUUUUGGACUUUGCAACGCACCAGGUACCUUUCAGAGGUGUAUGGUAAGUAUAUUUUCAGAUUAUAUUGAGAAAAUCAUAGAGGUAUUCAUGGAUGAUUUUUCUGUUUUUGGAAAAAGUUAUGAUGAUUGUCUUAAUAAUCUUGAAAUUAUCUUGCAACGUUGUGUGGAAACUAACCUUGUGUUAAACUGGGAAAAAUGCCAUUUUAUGGUUAGACUUAUAGUUCUAGGCCAUAUCAUCUCUGCUAGGGGUAUAGAGGUGGACAAAGCUAAAGUAGACCUUGUGCGUUACUUACCCUCUCCCACUUCUGUGAGAGAGAUUCGUUCAUUCCUUGGCCAUGCAGGUUUUUAUAGGAGGUUUAUCAAGGACUUCUCCAAGAUUUCGAGACCUCUAUGCCAACUACUUCAAAAGGAUGUGGCGUUUGUGUUUGACAAGGAGUAUCAAGAGGCUUUUGACAAGCUCAAGGAACUAUUGACGUCUGCCCCUAUCAUGUUACCUCCAGAUUGGUCCUUGCCCUUUGAGUUGAUGUGUGAUGCCUCUGACUAUGCAGUUGGAGCUGUUUUGGGGCAAAGGAAGGACAAACGUCCCUAUGCCAUCUACUACGCGGAUGGCUACUCAGGCUACAAUCAGAUUGCCAUAGCCAAUGAAGAUCAAGAGAAGACAACCUUCACUUGCCCCUUUGGGACGUUUGCCUAUCGACGUAUGCCCUUUGGACUUUGCAACGCUCCAGGUACCUUUCAGAGGUGUAUGGUAAGUAUCUUUUCAGAUUAUAUUGAGAAAAUCAUAGAGGUAUUCAUGGAUGACUUUUCAGUUUUUGGAAAGAAUUUUGAUGAUUGUCUUAAUAAUCUGGAGAUAAUUUUGAAACGUUGCAUGGAAACUAACCUUGUAUUAAACUGGGAAAAAUGCCAUUUUAUGGUUAAACAAGGAAUAGUUCUAGGACAUAUUGUCUCUGCUAGGGGAAUAGAGGUUGAUAAAGCCAAGGUGGAUAUUGUGCGUUACUUACCCUCUCCCACUUCUGUGAGAGAGAUUCGUUCUUUCCUUGGCCAUGCAGGUUUUUACAGGAGGUUUAUCAAGGACUUCUCCAAGAUUUCGAGACCUCUAUGCCAACUACUCCAAAAGGAUGUGGCGUUUCACUUUGACGAGGAGUGUCAAGAAGCUUUUGACAAGCUUAAGGAGAUGUUGACGUCUGCCCCAAUCAUGUUACCUCCAGAUUGGUCCUUGCCCUUUGAGUUGAUGUGUGAUGCCUCUGACUACGCAGUUGGAGCUGUUUUGGGGCAAAGGAAGGACAAACGACCUUAUGCCAUCUACUACGCCUCGAGGACUCUGAAUGAUGCACAGAUGAACUAUUCCACUACAGAGAAAGAGCUCCUUGCAGUUGUCUUUGCCCUUGAGAAGUUUCGUUCUUACUUACUUGGUACCAAGGUUAUUAUCUAUACUGACCAUGCAGCUUUGAAAUACUUGAUGACCAAGAAGGAGGCGAAACCAAGGCUCAUCAGAUGGAUCCUACUCUUGCAAGAAUUUGACGUGGAAAUCAAGGACAAGAAGGGUAAGUGA